AUGGUGGUGGUGGCUGGUGGUAACGUUGGUGUGGUGGUGGUUGCAGAUCACGGGCUCGAUGAGGCAGAGGGCGCGGCUUACCACCACCACCACAGCCAUCACCAACAGCAUCAUCAUCGGCAUCAUCAACGUCAUCAUCAUCAUCCACCAUCCGUUCCUCCUCCUCACCAUCACCAUCAUCAGGCACGACAGGAAGACGAGCAUCAAGACCAGUCGACAACGACCAGCACAGGUGGAUCCACGGGUACCAAUGCCCCUGGGACCAGCAGCAAGUACCAGAGAACGGCGGACUUUAGGCAACAGAAACUGAUACGUGAUCAUCAUCAACAGCACGGUUACAGGUGUCCGCUUUGUUGUAGGACCCUACAGGACAUCAGCACGAUGAGGGCUCACUUGGAGCAUCAUUAUCCCCGCGACUCGCCCACCUGUCCCGUAGCAUCGUGCGCGAAAACUUUCUCCCAUCCGAACAGCGUGCGGAACCACAUGCGUCUGAAGCAUCCCGUACAGUGGGAUCAGAUCAAGACGCUCAGAUGGACCUACGUCUGAUAAAGUGGCAUACAAAAGAACGGGAUUAUCCGGGCAUAUACGAUCGCGGUGUCCAUCCUAUCCCCCUGUUCUGGCUGACCUUCGAGGCAAUGUUCGGAUAUUCGUGUGUUCUACCCCCUACCCCCUCUCCAUCC